GUGGCUGAUGCCUAUCGGGCUCCUGUACGAAAGCCCGGGAAAUGGUGUGCUGUCCAUGUACAAAUUGCUUGGCAGAUCUACCAUCACCAACAGAAGAUAAAGCAAAUGCAGCUGGAUCCCCACAAGCUCGAAAUCGGUGGAAAACUUGACCUCUUCAGCAGACCCCCAGCUCCCGGCGUCUUUCCUGGCUUCCAUUAUUCUCAAGAUCUUGCCCGGCCCCUCUUCUCCAGCACAGGGUCUGCUCAUCCAAACUCCACCCCAUUUGGAUCCUCACCUCAUCACAGCAGUUUCCUGCCCACCAGCCAUUUGGCAG